GGACCCAAUAGUUGCAUAAUUGCAAAGACAUGGAGUUGGUCCAACUAAAACCUAUAAUUAGUGAUUAGCACGUUUAUUUGUGUCACUUAUAUGUGUCAACUUGUAAUUAUUCUCCUUCUUCCAUAAUCCCAUUUCUGAUUUUGCUUUCAAUUCUCAAUUAAUUGUCCAAAGUAUGGAGCUUCACUUUUGGAGAAACUUCAGUACAGCUCAAAGAACUCCAAGAAUAGUAAUCCUUGUUUCUUUAACAUUAAUCAUUCUUGGUCUUAUCCCUCUUUACCACCCUUUUAAUUUGUAUGCUGCAGAUGUAGUAGUAAAUCAUUCUUCUAAAGCAUCACAACCAUAUCAUACUGAGGAACAAAAGAUAAAGAUUGCGGAGGAGGAAGACACGUGUGAUGUAUUCAUUGGAGACUGGGUUCCUAAUCCAGAUGGUCCAUAUUACACGAACACGACAUGUUGGGCGAUACACGAGCACCAAAAUUGCAUGAAAUAUGGGAGGCCUGAUACUGAAUUCUUGAAAUGGAGGUGGAAGCCAAAAGGGUGCGAGCUGCCCAUUUUUAACCCGUAUCAGUUUUUGGAUAUGAUGAGGAACAAGUCUAUGGCAUUUAUUGGAGAUUCAGUGGGAAGAAACCAAAUGCAGUCUUUAAUUUGCCUCUUGUCCCGGGUGGAAUAUCCAGUUGAUAUUUCUUAUGACGAAGAUCAGAAUUUCAAAAGGUGGAAAUACACAACCUAUAACUUCACCUUAGCAGCAUAUUGGUCACCAUUCUUGGUCACAGUUAAAGAAUCAGAUCCUGAUGGUCCAAGCCACACGGGACUUUUCAAUCUUUAUCUUGAUGAACCUGAUGCAAAAUGGAUAACCCAAAUUGAACAAUUCGACUAUCUCAUCCUCAAUUCUGCCCACUGGUUUACAAGGUGCAGCAUCUACUACGAGAAAAAUCGAAUAAUUGGUUGUCGUUAUUGUGGACUCCCAAAUGUCACUGAUCUUCCCAUAAAUUAUGGCUAUCAAAAGGCACUUAAGACAACUUUAGAUACCAUCAAUAGAUUAAAAAAUUAUAAAGGUGUUACUUUUCUUAGGACUAUUGCGCCUUCUCAUUUUGAAGGUGGUGAAUGGAAUAAGGGUGGAAAUUGUGUUAGAAGAAGGCCAUUUAGAAGCAAUGAGACAACUUUGGAUGGUUUAAGUUUGGAAUUUUAUACGACACAAGUUGAAGAAUUUAAGAUUGCAUCUGAGGAAGGAAAGAAAAAGGGUAAGAGGUUCAGAUUAUUGGACAUGACACAAGCCAUGUUGUUGAGACCAGAUGGUCACCCUAGUAGAUAUGGACAUUGGCCUAACGAGAAUGUGGUUUUGUAUAAUGAUUGUGUACAUUGGUGUUUGCCUGGUCCUAUUGAUUCUUGGAGUGAUUUUUUGCUUCAUAUGUUGAAGUUGGAGGGCAGGAGAGCCUUUGAGGAAAGUCUUCAAUUAAACUAAGGGAGGAAAAUAAAAAUCAAUGCCUACCCUAUUUUUUUAUUUGUUUAUUUAUUUAAAUUGUGUUAUUAUUUUGGUUUAAUUUAAGGAGGAAUAAUAUUACUUGACUUGAAAAGUUAUAAUAAUUGACUAGGAAAAUAAUGUAAAGAAAGUACUAUUAAGCUGAGCAUGUAUUAUAAUUUGAUGAUUAAUAAAUCGUAUCUGAGAACUAGGUUUCAUGUU